CAAAAUAUUGCAAUUACGCCCUCGAAAACUGAACAUCCAUUAUCUCCUUCAUCUUUCUCUGUGAGAAAAAAUUUAAAGAGAGAAAGUGAUUUAAGGUGAGAAACUGCACUGCUACAGUAUAAUGGCAGUUGCUAGGAUUUUUGUAAAUUGAACAUUUUCUCUAUGGAAGUUUCUGGUAGACGAUCGAAUUAUACUUUGUUGAAUCAAAUUCCUGACGAUAAUUUUGUCCAGCCGCCACCGCCGAAGUUCUCCGCCGGAGCUGACUUGAUUGAGGACCGCAUGAUGCAAUCACAGAGCCGGGUCGGAUCAUUGCAGUUACCCGGUUCGGGAGGGUCGCAUAGGCAAUCAAGUGAAGGCAGCUUCGGUGGUAGCUCGAUCUCCGGGGAGUACUACGCGGAGACUUCCUUUGGGCUUAGAAAUGAUGGCUGCGGCUCGUCGGCGGCGGCAAGGAGUUGGGCGCUGCAGACGGAGGAGAGUUACCAGCUGCAGUUAGCGUUGGCAAUACGGCUCUCUUCAGAAGCAACCUGUGCUGAUAAUCCAAACUUCUUAGGUCCUGCGGCCGACGAAUCAGCAUCCCAAGAUUCAGAUUCUUCUGCAUCAGCGGAAACAAUGUCACAUCGAUUGUGGAUAAAUGGAUGCUUAUCGUACUUUGACAAAGUCCCUGAUGGAUUUUAUUGGAUAUAUGGGAUGGAUCCAUAUGUCUGGACUGUCUGCUCAGUUCUGCAAGAAAGCGGCCGUAUUCCAUCAAUUGAAUCAUUGAAGGCAGUGGAUCCCACUGUAGCACCAUCUGUUGAAGUGAUUUUAAUUGAUCGGUGUAACGAUCCCAGCUUGAAGGAACUGCAGAUUGGAAUUCUUAGCAUGUCCGCUAGUUGCAUCAGCGUAGAAGAAGUUGUUGAUCAGCUUGCCAAGCUUGUCUGUGAUCAUAUGGGGGGUGCAGCUCCUGCUGGAGAAGAUGACUUGGUUUCCAUGUCGAAGGAGCGCAGUGAUGAGCUCAAGGAUUGUCUAGGAACUAUCGUGCUUCCAAUUGGUAGCCUGUCAGUUGGGAUUUGCAGGCACCGAGCGUUGCUUUUUAAAGUGCUAGCUGACAUAAUUGAUUUACCAUGUCGAAUUGCCAAGGGAUGUAAAUAUUGUAACAGAUCCGAUGCUUCCUCAUGUCUAGUUCGAUUAGGACUUGACAGGGAGUACCUGGUUGAUUUGGUCGGUAAGCCAGGAGUUUUAUGCGAACCAGAUUCCUUGAUCAAUGGUCCAUCUUCCAUCUCAAUUCCUUCACCUUUGCGCUUUCCGAGAUACAGACAAGUUGAACCUACAAUUGAUUUCAGGUCACUGGCCAAACAGUAUUUCUUGGAUAGUCAAUCACUUAAUCUACUGUUUGAUGAUUCUUCAGCUGGAUCUGCAGCUGAUGGAGAUGCAGGACAAUCAAACAGAAGUUGCAUGGAUAGAAACAAUGCAGUCCCUAGUUCAAGUAACCGUGAUGCAAUUUCUCGGCUACCUCUGCCUCCAUCAAAUGCAUGGAAAAAGGGGCGUGAUAAAGAAUCUCAACUUUCCAAAAUGUAUAAUCCUUCAAGUAUGUUAAACUCAAUGAACGUGGACAAGGACCUGGUUCCUGUGAAGCAUGUCCCCCCAUCAGGGGAAGAUGUUCAACCACUGAUGGCAUUGUCUCACCCAAGAGCAGAUACAAUAAAUGAUGGAGAACUUCUUAGUGAUGUAGAAGAGUUCAAUAUUCCAUGGAAUGAUCUGGUUCUGAAGGAGAGAAUUGGGGCAGGGUCUUUUGGUACUGUUCAUCGUGCUGAUUGGGAUGGCUCUGACGUUGCUGUGAAGAUUCUCAUGGAACAAAAUUUUCAUGCGGAGGGAUUCAAUGAAUUUUUGCGGGAGGUUGCAAUAAUGAAGCGGUUGCGACAUCCAAAUAUUGUACUUUUUAUGGGUGCUGUCAUUCAGCCACCAAAUUUGUCCAUAGUUACUGAAUAUUUAUCGAGAGGUAGCUUAUAUAGACUUCUUCAUAGACCUGGUGCGAGAGAGUUGUUAGAUGAAAGACGUCGGCUGUGUAUGGCUUACGAUGUGGCAAAUGGGAUGAAUUAUCUUCACAAACGCAAUCCUCCCAUUGUUCACCGAGAUUUAAAAUCUCCAAAUCUGCUAGUGGACAAAAAAUAUACAGUGAAGGUCUGUGAUUUUGGUCUUUCUCGUUUCAAAGCUAAUACAUUUCUUUCAUCAAAGACUGCUGCCGGAACUCCGGAAUGGAUGGCGCCUGAAGUUCUUCGUGAUGAACCAUCAAAUGAGAAAUCUGAUGUAUACAGCUUUGGCGUUAUUUUAUGGGAGUUGGCAACACUACAACAACCAUGGAGUAAUUUGAGCGCACCACAG